CCCUUCAGACGGCCGUGCAUUAAUGUGGACUGGCUCAUAUAUGAUAAACAGAGCCCCCAAACAUUCUGUUCGACAUUAUCGUGAACAGUUAUCAUUACUCCAAAAUAGCCAAUUUAUUUGGAUGCCCUAUGUGGACCGUCAAUUGCCAGACUCCUGCCUCGAGAUGAACAACAGUUGGAGAUCUGUGACGUACAUGGUUUGUUGGGCUAUUGUCGAAGCACAUGAGCCUGAGCGCGUUGUUAGACAAUUUGGAGGCACGCCGUUCAUCCCGGAAUUGCGUGAUUGGGGUUUCAAUGAAACUCAUUUCAAAACCAAUCGUCGUGGAAAAGCUAAGACGAACUGGGCUGUGCAGAACAAGGCCUACAUCCAACAUUGGGAGAGAAGGUCGGAGUUCGUUACUAAUCAUUACAUGGAGCCUCUUGCAGACCACGUGCAGGUGAUGAGAACUCGACAAUACAUGGAGUGGUAUUUUAAAAUUACCAUUACAUAUAUCACGCAGCCGGGUAGGCUUCCAGAAGUAGGGAUGAACAAUCUUGCAUCAUCAUCUACACUCCAAGCCGAGACAUUGGCACGUGUAUUUCAUUUGUCGCGCGGUUUUGACCCAGCAGACGCCGUAGGAUUGUUGCAUGAGAUUAACAGUCUUGCUCUUAACUGCCUUACCGAUUGCGGUGAGAGUGAACGCACGGUCAUACCUUCCACACAGCGCACUGAUGUGGAUAUGUCCCGGGGUUUUAUCCUAAGAGCUCGCGGUAUUGGUCAGAGAGGUACCCGAACAGGCGGGCAUGGUUAUUCACGGCAUUUCAGAAUGUCCCAAGAUAUGCCAGGGUCAUCACAAGCCGCAAAUGAAGAACAUAUUAAUUCAGAUGACAACAUAGAUUUGGAUACACUCAUCGAUAAUUUUGCUGCUGAGCCCGAAAUGCAAAAUCCACCAGCACCAGAUCCCUCUAGUUGGUUUCCUACCUGGUCAGACGCGCCACAGUCUAGUUGGGUGACUCCAUUUGAUAGAGUUGGCCUACCAUGGCAGCCUACUACACAUGAUUCAUUCUUCUCAGGUGUCCAUAUUGUGCACUCUCUAAUAAAUGAGGAAUUGGAUGAUGAUGUUGAUGAUGAUGAUGAUGACGACGUUGAUGAUUACUUCACCCAUUAUCCAUACCCAUUUCUUCACUCCGGGGCCUUUGUGUCUUUGUAACACAUUCGAUCGAACGUGAAUUAAACAGUAUCGAUGAUAUCAAACGGGUACCUCUUUCCACA